GUUGUACUCGAGGAGGAUGGAUUCAUUCAUAAGACCAGAUCUGCUACUGUGCACCGUAAUACAAGCUAACGUCCUCCGGCACACACUCAGCGGACUUUAUGGAUCUAUAAUCGCACAUUUGACGAGCGGAUAAAGGUGAACGCUCCGAGGAUUAAAGCUAAACCAGAGGACUUCUUCUUAACACACUGAAUACGGACGCUUUCCCCCUUAAAGCGGGGAACUGGAUUAAGCUUCUUCAUGCAACUUUUUUGGAAAGAAACCAAGAGCAUCUCACCGGGGAAUACCAAAAAGAUCAGUAACGUACCUCUCCUUUAGUAAUCUUCUUGUGUGUGCCCACUGCCCCGCCGUUGCAGGUGACGUCGCGCUCUCUCUGAUAACAGCAGGUGUCGCGUUCUCUCUCAGUCCCUCCGGGGAAAUGUACCAAGGGUUCCCCGGCGACCCAGACAGCGGAUCCCGAGGAAGCUCCUCUCCAUCUAUAGAGUCCCAGUAUCUUUCCUCCGUGGACUCCUUCGGGAGCCCGCCGACCACCAGUGCCCCGCAGCUUGAUUUGUUCAUGUCUUCUGAUCAGGAGUGUGUAUCAGCGGGAGCUGGCUUGAGCAUUGUGGGUAGCGGGCCAGGGGCCAGCGUUGGAGGGGAGAUGCCCGGUUCAUUUGUGCCCACCGUCACCGCCAUCACCACCAGUCAGGAUCUGCAGUGGAUGGUUCAGCCGACCCUCGUCUCCUCCCAGGCCUCUGGACAGAGUGGUACCACUGGGACCACGACUAUGACCCAGCCAGUGUCGCUGGUUGACCCGUAUGACAUGCCAGGCCCCAGUUAUUCCUCAGGGUCUGCCUUCACCCCUCCAAGCUCGGAAACUCCAGGCCCAGCUCCGGGCCCCAUCCGCCAGUCCAGAACCCGCAGCCGCCGUGCACGAGAAGAGUCUGUGAGUGAAGAUGGAGAUGUUGGUGUGUUACUAACACCUGAGGAGGAGGAGAAGAGGCGUGUUCGGCGAGAGAGAAACAAGUUGGCCGCCGCCAAAUGUAGAAACCGCCGACGAGAACUCACAGACAGACUGCAGUCGGAGACAGACAUACUGGAGGAGGAGAAGGCGGAGCUGGAGGCUGAGAUCUCCGAGCUGCAGAAGGAGAAGGAGCGCCUGGAGUUUGUCCUGGUGGCGCACCAGCCGAACUGUAAGAUCCCGUACCAGGAGCAAUCUCAGCACGGCUCGGCGCAGCUCCCUCCGGUCCAGCCCCAGCUCCCUCCCCAGACUCUACAACCUCCUGUCUCCAUUGUGGGCUUGGCUGUGAAAGAAGACACUUUCUAUCUGCCUCCUGCCUACUCAGCCCAUCCGGCCUCCACACAGUCCCAGCCUCCGGUUCAGCAGCAAGUCCAGCAGCAGCCUCAGCCAGGGAUAAUGCAGGAGGUAGAGUUUUCUAGUUCUUUCUAUGGCUCAAGUGAGCCGGCACCAGGCGGGCCGUGCCUCAUGGCCAGCGACAGUGGUGGUGGUGGUGGUAACCAUGACGAUGCGGCCAUUGGCAGCUACAACACCUCAUACACAUCUUCAUUUGUGUUCACCUACCCAGAGGGAGCCUGCGGGGUCAGUGCCAACCAGCGGAACAGCAGUAGCGAGCAGUCAUCUGAUUCCCUGAACUCGCCUUCGCUGCUGGCGCUUUGACUGACCGACAGAUACACGCGCACACAUAUUGACAAGCACAUACAUAAUGCUCGCUGGAAGUAGAGGCUGAGGCAAGUACAUGUAGAGUACCUAUCAGUCUCAUAGAUUGAGAGAAAAAAAAAAACAACCAAUCAUUUGUUUCUGAUUGGGUUAAAGUUUACACAUUCAUGCAUUCCAAACAAGAGCCAUACAGAUAGUUGCACAUGAAUAACAUUAGAUCUAACCUUUAACAUAUAAACCAUUUCUUGUUUUGUAUUAUCAGAAUAUCUGCAACUGGACCAGAUAAGUGAAUAAAAACUGAGUCACAAAAUCACGUCCGAGUUGCCAGUCUCAAGUGCUCUGAAUUAACAUAUUAAUUCACAAUGAAUAUUCUCAGUCUACAGCCUGUACAGUACAUUGAGUUAAGAUACCACAAGCUCACUUCACACUCCGACAAGCACCAGUGCCCCCAACUUGUUCCCUCUGUCGGUUGACUUUUACCAGUGCUCUUGCUUUCAUCCUUUUCCAUCCUUUUCUCCCUUCUUCCUCUCGCUGAAUGUAUUUGUGCAAAGCUGAAAUAGGGACGAAGGACACUUUUGUUCAGGGUCUUUUCUUGUGGGGAGACAGACUGCUGAUUUCUCGCUCACCUCUAACCCCUCAUCUGCUCGACCUCCCUCUGCUUCUUCAUCUGCUGCUUGGACUUUGCAAGUUGGGGAUCUGAGUUUCACAGCCUCCUCUAAAUCUUGUGCUUUCUUCUCUGGUUUUUAAAAAAAAAAAAAAAAAAGUUCUUCUGCCGUCUGCCUACCUGCCAUGCGACCCAUCUCUGCCCAUCUCUGUUUCUCCUCUUCUGUCUCUGUGUUUCUCCCUGUCUCUGAAGUCUUCGACCCCAGAGAGCCCGAAGACCCCCUCCAGCCCUUGGGACCUUGAGUGAAUGACGGCCCAACUAACACGCCCUUUUGCACCCUCUCAUACAAGGACAUGGACGCAAACCCCCCUACCCCCCCAUACAGAAGAACCUUUUUCUUGGAGCGUAUUGCUCAAAGCAGAGUCUCACAGUGAGCAGCAGCUAAAUACCUUUACACACGCACAUAGACGCAUAAUUGACGAAAAUGCAAGAUGGACGUCACUGUCUUCUGCUGAGCCAUUUUUCGACGUUCACACAAUGAAGAUUAGACUCGUCUUACGUUGUGAGGCCGGUUAAAGGUGAGGAUGGAGAGAGGUUUAGCGGGAAGGACGGACAGGAAGUGCAACCAAGCGGGACAGACUCAAAUGGAGAGAUGAUGGAUAAAGAGGAUGACGCCCAUCCUCGCCAUCCAUUUUUGGAACCAAAUGUUGAAAAUGCAAAAAGAGCCAAAUGUUAAAAACAAAGCAAAAAAAAAGAAAAAGAAAAAAAAAAUCCUGCUCUUGCCAACUGUGUGGAAGGGUGGCCUCAGUACAAACACCUCCAUACCACAGAGCCUCAUCACCCUGGGCCUACAUGAGUAUAUUCACACCAUCGCUUUCAAGUCUCUGAACUGAAGAUACAGACGUUUUGUUGCAGCGCACCAGCUCCGUGUUUUGCUCAGAAUCAAUCAGAUGUGAACCGAUGCCUUUAUUUAGAGAAGAGACAUUUUUCUUUUAUAUAGUGAUUCAGACAACCUCUAAACAUUUGGGCUCAGUGGUCUCUGUGCCUCCCCUUUUCUCUCAGCGGAGACGAGGCGGGGGUGCGUUUAUUGUGAGUGCGUCCACUCUGAGGCACCUGGCCCGUUUAUUUCUUUCUUUAUUGAGGUUGACGUGGCGAGUGAGCACAAAGCAAGACCUGGAAACAAAAAAGGGGAGAACAUGUGGGCUGAUGUCGUGGAGCGUGCGUCUUUUCUUUGCCUGUGAAUUUGUAAAAUUUGUUUUUCUCCUGUAUGUUUGAGUGAGAACUGUUAUAUAUUUUAAUGUUUAUGUUUUUUGUGUGUUUGAUUGUUUUGCAUUGACCUCUGCUUUCACUUGUAUUGUUGCCAUUUCUUUUUUUUGUUUGUUGAUUUUUAUUUUUUUAACCUGGUGAUUUUCUCAUAACUGUUACUAUUAUUAUUGCAUCGUAACUAUUGUUUCAUUAUUUUAUUGUAUUUUCAUUUGGCAACUUUGGAGGCAUGUUGUGCACUACAAAAAAAAAUCUAAUUAUAAAUCUAUAUGCAUACAUAUAUACAGGUAACAUGUAUAUAUAAGUGUAUGUACCAUGAUUGUAAAGUAUGAAUGUCUGCAGAUCUAAAUGGGAUAUUUUUGUCAAUGAAGAACAAGAUAAAAUGUUACUGAGGUUUAGUUUUAAAAAUGAAUAUUUUUCUAAAGGAACAAGAAAAAAAAAACUAUAAUAAAUCUAAAGAACUGCCCUGUCCCUCAA